CUCAAUACACUUGCUCGGAGAUACCGCACUCCAAGACUUCAACCCGAAGGAAUAUGCCCUUCCUUCGUACAACCAAGGGAACAAACCUCCCUUAAAGUGUUCACAACACUUAAUCACUCAAGAACAAAAACUCUCUUUAAAGAGUAGAAUAUGAGUAAACUAAUUUAGAUCAAGAACACACUCAAUUCCUCAAGAAAUGGCUCUAAAAAGCUAUGUAAAAAGAUUAUGAAAUGAUGCAAUGUAAAGAUAUGAAUUGUGUGAGGAAUGGAUAUGAAAAGUAGACCCAAGAGACCCCUUUUUAUACCCAAAAACAAGGUGCAACGUGAUGUGGGAGAACUUGAGAAGGUUGGACACGGAAACUACGGAGCACCGAGCCAGAUAAAAUGCUUCUUCGCUGAAGUUCCUCCGAUCUUUUGGACAUCACUCAAAGUCAUGGAUGAUGGUCAUGGAUAUGAUGAUGUUCUUGGAAACCAAUGGCCCCUCUUCCUGAAUUUGCCCUGGAUCCAGAUCUGAUUCUUUUUAUGACUAGGCAUGUAAUCUGUCAGCGGAACAUUGCGGUUGUAGAGGAGACCAUCCGCUGCUCGAACAGUACCUAUUGAAGCAUCUUUACUAUUCUAUUUGAGGUCAAUGAAGCUGUGAAAACGUG